UACCGAGCAUCUGCGUUGUUUGAGACCAUUCGUCAUGAGGCCCAGCACAGCACCGACUACAAACUGUCUCUGUUUGACCUGCAGACCUCCUCCUACCAGGCACUCCAGAGGGUCCUUGUCAGCCUAGGUAUUGUUACGUGCUCCAUUGCCCGCAUUCCGUUCUCACCAUCUUUCCCUCUUCCUUUCUUUCUUUCUUUUUGUCUGCUAUUCUCUUACUUUCUUUUCAUGUUCGUGCCUAUCUUUACCUAUUUCAAAAAAAAUAUUUACACUACUACACAUUUGAACAUAUUGGCUCGCUGAUAGCUAGAAAAACUAGCGUUGACCUUUGACCCUCUGCUAUCCAGGCCACCAUGACGAGGCAUUGGCGGUGGCAGAGCGGGGUCGGACGCGGGCCUUUGCUGACCUGCUGGUGGAGAGGCAGACAGGCCAGCAGGACUCAGAUCCCUACACCCCAGUCACAGUGGAGCACAUCCUGGACACGGUGAACAGCCAGAGGGCCCUGGUGCUCUACUUCUCCAUGGCUGCUGGGUACCUGUACAGCUGGCUCCUGGCUCCAGGAGCAGGUAAGACCUGGGGGAGAGGGAGGUGGAGACCUGGGGGAGAGGGAGGUGGAGAUCAACUAACUCAGUUGCUCUGUGUGCUGAUACAAUGAGCUGUAAGGGUAAGGUACUAUGUAAAUCUGUACGAAUCUAUUAUGCCAUAUUAUACAACACAGUAUACAGACACAAAACACACACAUACACACUCACUCAAUCAGUGGAUUUCAUCUUGAUUGUGCUUUGUUUAGCUGUGAGUCCUGGAGGGCAUGGCUUGUGUUCAGAGGCGAGGGUAAGAAAUCCCACUUUAACACAAGGCGGCAGUGCCACCUGCCACUCCACUGCUGGCAAUGCCACCCCGCCUCGCCUCUCACCCCCCAGGGCACCUGCCAAUGAACCAUGGUAACCGAGAAUGACAAAGCCAAACAUCACUUGCACAAUGAAUCAACAUCCGCACACACAAGUCAACAGGGAAACACACACACCUACUCUUGUGCGCGCACACACAUCAUCUCUCCACAAACAAGCUUUGUGCGUUUGCUUGUGCUGCCUUUAGUAUUGAGUAGGCCUAACUCCAUAGCCUUUCUCUCUCACCAAAGAAAAUAGCGGGGGCUUUGAAGCCCAGUCAUACUCUCGCCUGACUGACAGCUCUCUGGCUGCCAUGGAGACUGCUAGCCUGUGCUUCUCUUUUAGCCCUACUCAACAAAGUGUGAAUGAAAGCUGGUGAGCCACAAUAACGCAUGCCCACCAGCCUGUGUCGUUUGAUAAAACCCCAGAGCCAAGGCUUUUCCGUGUCUGACCGCCCUAAUAGUAGUCUAUACAGUGGGAGGGGAAAAAGUAUUUAGUCAGCCAACCAAUUGUGCAAGUUCUCCACUUAAAAGAUGAGAGAGGCCCUGUAAUUUUCAUCAUAGGUACACUGCCUCACGUUGAAGACAAAUUGAGCAUUUUUUUUCCCAGAAAUUCACUUGGAAGGAUUUUUAUGAUUUAUGUUGCAAAUUAUGGUGGAAAAAUAAGUAUUUGGUCACCUACAAACAAGCAAGAUUUCUGGCUCUCACAGAACUGUAACUUCUUCUUUAAGAGGCUCCUCUGUCCUCCACUCAUUACCUGUAUUAAUGGCACCUGUUUGAACUUGUUAUCAGUAUAAAAAAACACCUGUCCACAACCUCAAACAGUCACACUCCAAACUCCACUAUGGCCAAGACCAAAGAGCUGUCAAAGGACACCAGAAACAAAAUUGUAGACCUGCACCAGGCUGGGAAGACUGAAUCUGCAAUAGGUAAGCAGCUUGGUUUGAAGAAAUCAACUGUGGGAGCAAUUAUUAGGAAAUGGAAGACAUACAAGACCACUGAUAAUCUCUCUCGAUCUGGGGCUCCACGCAAGAUCUCACCCCGUGGGGUCAAAAUGAUCACAAGAACGGUGAGCAAAAAUCCCAGAACCACACGGGGGGACCUAGUGAAUGACCUGCAGAGAGCUGGGACCAAAGUAACAAAGCCUACCAUCAGUAACACACUACGCCGCCAGGGACUCAAAUCCUGCAGUGCCAGACGUGUCCCCCUGCUUAAGCCAGUACAUGUCCAGGCCCGUCUGAAGUUUGCUAGAGUGCAUUUGGAUGAUCCAGAAGAGGAUUGGGAGAAUGUCAUAUGGUCAGAUGAAACCAAAAUAGAACUUUUUGGUAAAAAAACUCAACUCGUCGUGUUUGGAGGACAAAGAAUGCUGAGUUGCAUCCAAAGAACACCAUACCUACUGUGAAGCAUGGGGGUGGAAACAUCAUGCUUUGGGGCUGUUUUUCUGCAAAGGGACCAGGACGACUGAUCCGUGUAAAGGAAAGAAUGAAUGGGGCCAUGUAUCGUGAGAUUUUGAGUGAGAACCUCCUUCCAUCAGCAAGGGCAUUGAAGAUGAAACGUGGCUGGGUCUUUCAGCAUUACAAUGAUCCCAAACACACCGCCCGGGCAACGAAGGAGUGGCUUCGUAAGAAGCAUUUCAAGGUCCUGGAGUGGCCUAGCCAGUCUCCAGAUCUCAACCCCAUAGAAAAUCUUUGGAGGGAAUUGAAAGUCUGUGUUGCCCAGCGACAGCCCCAAAACAUCACUGCUCUAGAGGAGAUCUGCAUGGAGGAAUGGGCCAAAAUACCAGCAAACAGUGUGUAAAAACCUUGUGAAGACUUAGAGAAAACGUUUGACCUGUGUCAUUGCCAACAAAGGGUAUAUAACAAAGUAUUGAGAAACUUUUUUUAUUGACCAAAUACUUAUUUUCCACCAUAAUUUGCAAAAAAAUUCAUUAAAAUCCUACAAUGUGAUUUUCUGGUUUGUUUUUCCUCAUUUUGUCUGUCAUAGUUGACGUGUACCUAUGAUGAAAAUUACAGGCCUCUCUCAUCUUUUUAAGUGGGAGAACUUGCACAAUUGGUGGCUGACUAAAUACUUUUUUCCCCACUGUAGAUGGUCUAAUAAUGCGGAGGGAAAUUAAAGGGUAAAAGAGCUGCCUCUUGCCUGAGUGCGAGGCCACCAUUCCUGUAAUCAGCCCUCUGCUCUGACUCUCUCUCCCUGGCAUUCAUGGGCAUAUAGCUGGCUUUACACAUAGCACAGGACCUGGCUAAAAGAACCCUUAGUCAGUAAAGGGACUCCUCUAAUAAAUGAACUGGUGUACAACCUGUCUGCCAACUCACAGAUCUGAACAUAUUCAAAGCCCAACUCAACCCCCACACUCAGUAUCUAGCACCACCACUGCUGUGGUAGUACCCCCCCUCCUCCCUCCCUUCUCCCCUAACAUCUCAGCUCCCAUGGCACGGAGCAGAUGGCACAGGCAGCCACUCUUAUAUUUUAUUGAACGUUAUUUGUUUAUUCAUUUUGCUCUGCAGAUGUGCUAGUAACGUAGCAUAACUUACAGUUUUACAGUGUGCAAUCUCUCCAUAUGCUGUCAUAUUGUUAACACGUUUGGUGGGCUGUUUCAAAGUGUAGACAGCUAAACUGUUUUGAUUACACUUUCAUUGUAGUGUAAUAAGUCCACUAGUGUUGUGUGCAUCAUGACAUAGUGUAGUGUAGUGCUAUUCCUUUUCACAUUGUGAUAUGGCCAAUAUGUUUAACUUGUUGACAGUAAUCUCUUUCUCCUUUUUUCUUGCUCUCUCUCCUUCUCCCAGGCAUCUUGAAGUUCCAUGAGGUGUACUUGGGAGAGGGCGUGACAGAGGGUGGGCCAGACCUCCAUGAGGGUGGGGGAGGGGGUGUGGCCAGCGGCUCGUCUCUGGAGCAGCACAUUGCCAGUGCUCGGGAGGCCCUGGGAGUAGAGUCCUACUACAGC